GGACGAGGUGCUGUCAGUUUGCCGGAUCCGGCUGGAGACGUGGAGUCUCUGUGUUAGGGCAACAUGGCGGAUAAGAGAGGGAGCCGGGGACCCCCGGGGGCCACAACAGGAGGGAGUAAUAACAAUAACAAUCUACUCUUCUCUACCGGGGAGCUCAGCUUCACCGUCCCCUUCAUCCCUGUCACUGGACCUGUACCCACCGAUGAGUCGGUAGAGGUGGGGGAAGAGGACAGUUUCUUGGGACAGACCUCCAGUUUGCACAAUGCACCACAGACCUUCAGUUAUUUUUCACAGACGGCGAGUCUGACCACCUCGAAUGAUCCAUUCGCCAGUAUUGGACAGGCACAUGUGUCCACAGCACCUUCAACAUCGGGUCCUGCCGCUUUCUCCAGAUCUCCAGCAUCGGUGCCGCUACCCUCCACAAUUCACAAUGGACAGAACACUACCCCUCCAAGGACCAUGUCUCCAUAUCCUUCCAACACUCCUCCACCUCCUAGUGAAGUGGGUGGAGCCUCCAACUGCCCUCCCCCGAGCACCUUCUCUGUCCCUGCCACUGGCCCCUCCCAGAUUAGCUAUAAUCCCUACCGUCAAAAUCCCCUGAGCAGCCGGGCUAAUCCUUACCUGACCCCUCCUCAGCUCCAGCAGGACCUUGCCACGGGGCUACCUAGCCAGACGCUUCCAUUGGCUCCACCUAAUGUUUACUCAGCUGGCUCCCUGCCACCGCCACCAAUGGCGCCCCCAUACGUGACAGCAGCAGCCACACAACCAUACCCCGGUGCCAGGCCUGCUGCUUCCACAGUGCCAGCAGUGGCUCAUUUUGUGCCCAACCUGUAUGAGCCUGUCCAGCCUCACUGGUUCUUCUGUAAAUUGGUGGAGGAACGCGAGGUCUGGUCACCGUUCAGCCUGUACGACUCUGCAAAUCUGGAGAAGGUGUACAACUCCGUUCAGCCAGACCCUGAGAGUGUGGUGGUGAAUACAGCUGGCGGGCGGUAUGACGUCUGCUUGUAUGAUCGGGAGAUGAAAGCAGUCUACUGGGAAGAGGAGGAUUUGGAGGUCAGACGCUGUUCAUGGUUCUACAAAGGAGACUCGGACAGCCGAUUUGUGCCAUACACUGAGGAUUUUAGUGAAAGGCUGGAGGCAGAGUAUAAGAAGGCAGCGACCACCAAUCAGUGGCAUCGAAGGCUGGAGUUCCCAAGUGGGGAAACCAUUAUAAUGCACAACCCCAAGGUGAUCGUCCAGUUUCAGCAGUCUGCAAUACCCGAUGAGUGGGGGACCCCACAGGAUGGGCAGUCCAGGCCAGGUGUGGUGAAGAGGGGCAUAGAUGACCAUGAUGAAGUUCCAGAUGGUGAGGUUCCUCAAGCCGAUCAUCUGGUGUUCAUGGUGCAUGGGAUUGGGCCAGUGUGUGAUCUACGCUUCAGAAGUAUGGUGGAAUGUGUGGAUGACUUUAGAGCCAUCUCCCUGAAGCUGCUGCAAAGUCAUUUCAGAAAAUCAGUGGAAGAGGGCAAGGUUCACCGUGUGGAGUUCCUGCCGGUCCAUUGGCACAGCGCCCUCCAUGGUGAUGCCACUGGUGUGGACAGGAGGAUCAAGAAGAUUACAUUGCCAAGUACUGCACGUCUUCGACACUUCACCAAUGAGACCCUUCUGGACAUUCUGUUCUACAACAGUCCCACCUACUGUCAGACCAUCGUAGACAAAGUCAGCUUGGAGAUGAACCGGCUGUAUGAACUCUUCAUGAGCCGAAACCCAGAUUUUACAGGAAGGGUGUCUGUGGCUGGUCACAGUUUAGGCUCUCUGAUUCUGUUCGAUAUACUGUCCAACCAGCAAGAUGUAACGGCUGCACCCCCAGCACAAGCACCACCCACCCCUAAUGUGAACACUGUGCUGAAGCACGAAGGCGCCAGAGACAACUGGGGCAGUUUUCCAGAGCCACGAGAGUCCAGUGAAUCGGAGGUGGCACAAGAAGAGCUUCCUGACCUACGGGAGGCGCUGGAGUCUCUCAGCCUAUCGGAUUACUUCACCGUGUUUGACAAAGAGAAAAUUGACAUGGAGUCUUUGCUCAUGUGUACGGUUGAUGAUUUGAAAGAAAUGGGCAUUCCCCUGGGACCCAGAAAGAAGAUUGCCAAAUAUAUGGAAGAGAUGGCUGCCAGUAAGGUCGAGAGGAAAGCCGCAGCAGAGAAGAAAACCUUUCAGGCCCAACCAGAAAAAGGUGAUGGCUUCCCUACCAACAGCAAUCUAGAGCCAGCAAAAAGAAAACUGCCAGUGGGAGCUUCAGUGUCCUCCAUCCACGUCAAUUAUGAACACUUUGAGACUGGAACUGGACAGGUAUCGGUGGGGUAUAAUCUGCUGGAUUUUGAGCUGGUGAAUUUCUUUGCUCUUGGCUCUCCUAUCGGGAUGUUUUUGACUGUCCGGGGACUGGAUAAGAUUGAUGAAAACUACAGACUACCUACCUGCAAGGGCUUCUUCAAUAUUUAUCACCCGUUGGACCCAGUUGCCUACCGGUUGGAACCAAUGAUUCUAUCCGAUCUGGAUCUGAAACCUGUUCUUAUUCCACAUCACAAGGGGCGGAAGAGGCUUCAUCUUGAGUUGAAGGAAAGUCUGACCCGUAUGGGGUCCGAUCUGAAACAAGGAUUCAUCAGCUCCUUGCGCACGGCCUGGCAGACGCUGAAUGAAUUUGCCCGAUUUCACACGUCUUCUACUCUGCAGGAAGAACUAGAGAAAGUUGCUGAUCAAAUUAAGGAAGAAGAGGAGAAGCAGGUGGAAGCAGAGAAAUUUGAAAAUGCAGAGAUCUGCAGAGAAGAGGACUUGUCCAUUAAGAUUGGCAUGUUGAAUGGCGGCCACAGAAUUGACUAUGUUUUACAAGAGAAGCCAAUUGAAAGCUUCAAUGAGUAUUUGUUUGCCCUGCAGAGCCACCUAUGUUACUGGGAGUCUGAAGACACAGUCCUUCUAUUCCUGAAGCAAAUUUACAAGUCCAUAAAUGUUCAGCCUGAUCAACUUUUACAUUAAGCUGCAUCAACGUGCCGGUUGCUGAUCAUGCUGCAUUUCUAAAAUUGAAGAAGACGUGUUUUCCUGGUUCUUUGUGGAAAGGAGCCGGACAUCUAUGAAUGAACGGCACUGUGAUCAUAAUUUUAUCAUAUAACAAAAUUCUAUUAUUGUGGAAGAGCCCAAUCUUGUACAGAGCAUAGAAGAUAUUAUUUUACUUGAAAUAAAGGCUCAAUCUCUUACA